AUGGCUGAUGCUGAACCAGGGGAGAUUGAUGGAAUAAUGUCCUGGAAUGCUAUUAUGGAGCAUAUGAAGACAGACCAAGGUCUACAGAAAAAAUGGACGGACCUUUAUUCAUACAAAGAGGAGAUAAAAAAGUUGAGAUUACGAUGCGAACAUUUUCUAACUGAAGAUCGUACCUGGAACCAGGCCCUUGAAUCAUUUGCUGAUAAAUCAUGGCAGACAAAUGGGGAAACUUCAGAGAUGCUGUAUCAACAAUUAAUUAAGUGCUACGAGGACAAGUGUAAUCAAAAUACUGCGGAUGGCAUCAUUAUCUCUGGAGAAUUAAACACUCUUCAGAGCAAAUAUGAAGGAAAGCACUGUGACUUGGUUACAGACCUUCUAAGGUGUUUAGAUGAGGAGAAACAGUUGUUGCUAACAGGAGGCCAGGAGGAUAUGGAUACAACUGAAAAAGAUGGCAUCCUUCAUAAUGUAAGGAUGCUGGAUGUAAACUGCAAGAAAAUUUUAGAAACUCUUGUGGAAAUUGUAAAAAAUGCUGGUGAAGUGCUGGAGGAGAUGAAAGCUGAAGUAAAAUGCUGGAAGGAGGAACAAACGAAGUACUAUGUAGAUGUUGCAUCUCAACCCACUAUGCCUUCCAAACCUCCACUUACAAAAUGGUGUGCACAUGCUGGGUCAUGCCUGUUUGACCUUAUUCGCUGCACUCUGCCAAAUGUUCCUGUAUACGAUAGUCCGGAUCUGACACAGAAAAUACAAGAUAUUAAUAAUAUAUUUGACCAAAUGCUGCAGUGCUCAUUUUUAGUCACCAAUCAGGUGAAAAAUUUCAUCAAGGUCAGCAUGGGGACAAAAAAGAAGAGUGUUAAUGGGCAGGAUGAGGAAGAUGAGGAGGGUGAAGGAAACAAGAAGUUCAGCUGUCCUAAAUUCAAGGCAACAGUCCGACUGCUGGCUGCAGCCUCGAUUGAUUCAUUGAAACCAGUGCAGGCCUACUUUGUCCAUGAGGACACUCUGUCUCAGGUGAUUGACCCAGCCACUCAUGACUUUACAAAAUCCAAGUACCCCCUGAAGGAUAAUAAACAGAAGGGUUCCAGUAGCACCGCCACUGUCGAGAAGGACACAGGAAUUGCCACAUUUAAAAGUCUUGAGCUGAAAAGUUUUAACAGAGAGAAGGAGAGCAACGUUGCAAAAGAAAAAUUCAGACUUGUGUUUCAAACCAGGAUGAUAGUGGGAGAAAGACAUAUCAAUCUUUGGACAAUGUCAUUACCAAUAGUGGUGAUCACUGGUGCAAGUCAACAAUGUAAUGCUUGUGGCUCCCUCUUGUGGCAGUGUCUGAAUCCAGCAGAUGAGGGACAGUUUCCACCUCCUGCCUGCCCUGAGGACCUGCCUUGGUCCCAGGUAAAGGAAUUGUUAGACACCAAAAUAAAGUAUCUUGGUGGACGAGGUCUCACCCUAGAGGAAGAGAAACAUUUGAUCUGCAGAAUUACAGGUGAUCAAAAUGCAUCCGUUGAUAAGGAUCCCAUGAUUUCCUUCAGAAAAUUUUGUAUCGACAAGAUGAUGGAUAUCAGCGAUCCUCACAAGAAAGCUGAAGAACGUAAGAAGUCAGCAACAUUCUGGAUGUGGUUUCAGGCUGUUUAUAACUUGAUCAGUACUUACCUUAAGGAAUACUGGAGGAGAGAACUCAUUCUUGGUUUUCUGGACAAAGAUCAAGCAGAAUAUUGUCUGAAGGACUCUAAGCCCAACACUUUUCUUCUCCGGUUCAGUAACAAAAUCAUCACUGAUGCUCAGGGCCAGAAUAUGUGUGGUGCUGUCUCAGUGUCCUAUCGCACAGCUGCUGGAAAGAUUGACCACAUGGUUCCUUCUGAUGCAGAGGUCUUAAAGAAAUGUAACUUAGCCCAGAUGCUAAAAAAAAUGAUCAAUUGUCAAACUCUUGAAUGUGAGAUGAAAUGGGUUUAUCCAAUGAUGCAUGACAGAGAGGAGGUGUAUAAAGACUUCCUUGAAGCUGAUUCAGCAGAAGGCAAACACACUGAUGGCUAUACCAAGCUUAAGGAGAUAUUGUUCGUUGACCCAGUGAAUGAGGUUACAAAUCAUUUUGGGAAUUUGACAACAGCUGGACGUCCAAAGAAGAGGCCAGUGCAUAGGGUCAAAUGUCAAGCAGGGAAUUCGAGCAAUAGUAAGGUGGCUAAGGUUAAUGCAGUCAGACAUUCAGCACCAGAUCAAAGUACAGAGCAAAUACUAGAUCAGGAAAUAAUGUCGAGGCAACAGUCUGGAAAUCUACCAACACUGGUGUGUGAAAGGGAAGCAAGCAUGCAGCAAUCCAACAGUUCAAUGCAAAGACUGUUACCAGGAAGAACUACGAGUAGGACAAGGUCAGAACCUCAUGUUCCUGAUGUAAUGACCAAGCAGAAGUCUUCUAUCACAAGUAGCCAGUCACAUUCUUUUUCACCAAGUUAUCCACUUCUUCAAACUAUGUUAUCUGAAAAGGUCAAGGAUGGACUCAAACUCAAAUUAACACAGGGUGAAGUAGAGGUCAAUAAAAACAUUAGUUGGAGUCAGGCCGAAGACAGAAUGGACAUGAUUCACAAACAAAAGAAAACCAUCAUAGGAGGUAACAAUGGGUUUAUCCCAGUUGAAACAAAAGUCAGAUUGAGUGACUCUCCUGCUGCUUUACUACCCAUGCCUCAAGGUAGUUUGAAACAGAGUGGCUCUCCUCAGACUGAAACAUUGGUGGAUCCAAAGGUAGAAUCACAGUUACCUUCACAAAAUGCACUGUCCACAGUACAAGAGAUAAUAGUGUCACAAGACGACACACAAAUGCUUUUCACACUAACCCCGUUGAUUCCAUGUGGGCCUUCCUUGCCUUCAGUAUCUACCAACACUGAACUCAUCAGUGAACAGCAGUUUCAAACACAAAUACCCUUCUUUGAGGAACCCCAGCUCAAUCUACAUCAGAAUUUCAAUGGAGAGGAGAACACACAAGACGACCAACCCCUCCCAGAUCUGUAUGAUGGUUGCAACGGUAAUUUUGAUCUCCUUGAAUAUUUGGAAAGUCCAGAACAUGACAAUGCUGAAAUUAAUGAAACCAUGCAACAAACUUUCAACGAGAUGGGAUCAUCUGGUAUGUAAGCUGUUACAGUGCUGCAGAGCCAGAAGACUUUAAACAGCAAUGGAUUAUGUGAUCAUCUUUAAUGAAACAUGGUCCAAAAUGAAACUAAUCAAAGCUCAUAACUUGACACUUAAGAUGUCUCCAGAACCAUUGCCAUGGAAUCGUAAUGGAGCCUUCAGACUGACUUGAUAUUGUCUGAUUAGGCUGAAUAUUGAUAUAGAAGGGUUUCAAAGAUUGAUUAUUACAAUGGUACUUUUUUCCAAAACAUUUAAUGUUAUUUGGUUGCUUUGGUAACCAAAUGAGACCUGUAAUUAAAGGGAAAAAAACAUUUAAUGUUAUUUGGUUGCUUUGGUAACCAAAUAAGACCUGUAAUUAAAGGGAUCUUGUCCAUACUUACCCUUCACUGAGGAACAAUACCCAUGAACACACCUAAAUGUUAUGAGCCAUAUGCAGAUGAACACAGAUUCUUCUUAGUACCCAGGUCACUGUUCAUAUGAAUUUAUGUAAUGGCCCAUAGCUCUCAUAAUAUACAGCAAGAACAUACAUAGAUCAAAACACAAACUGUGUCACCACGGUAACUGGUAAUCAAUAUCUAUAUUAUAUAUACAUUUUUUUUUAAAUCUGACCCCAAAAAUGUACCUGUGCACUAUACCGGAGUGUGCACUAUACCCACAGAUUUAUGGUAUAUAUUGAGGGAAAUUCAUGGUCAUACAUAAAACAUUGAGUUCACUGAGACUGAAGUGAAAACAAUUGAUGUGUUAACUUUACAGAUCAGCAGAGGAAUGUUAUUUGUCCUCAGGAUAUCAGUUCUAGUUAAACUCAAAUUUGAGUCAAAAGUUUUAAUGAAAUUUGAAAAAAUACUGUGGACCUGUGAUAAUCCAGCUAGAUGCUGAUAGAAUAGAACAAGAGUUUCAGUUUUUUGUUUUAUUCACAAUCAUAGUGAUUGUUUGUAAUUUUUUAUGCAGUCACUCUAACUUUAUGUACUUUCUAUAAUGUGUAUAGAAUAUGUUGUACCUUUUUGUAGUAUUGAUGUUAAGGAAAUUCCCAAGCAAGGCAGGUUAUCGGUUCUAUGACCAAGCAAAGUAAUUCUCUGUUUGAUGUUCAAAUUAAAAUGAGUGUCAAGCAGGACAGAAAGGACUGUAGCUGUCCGUAUAAUGUGAGUAAUGCUCAUAGUCAAUUAUUUUUGUGUCCAUGUUAUGACUUUUCAGUGUGAUAGCACUUUAAAUGUAUCUUUUAUUGAUUCCAUUAUCAGUGGACACCAUCGUCAUAAGACUUUAAAUAUUGUAUGUAUAAAAACAAAACAAAAAAUCUUUGUAAUAUAGUUUAUGCCACGUAAUAUUUCUCAUGUACUUCUGUCCCAUCCUGUCAUCCCUUUCUGUCCCAAAUCACCACCAUUGCUCUAAAGAUUUAACUUCUGUAAGGAUUUUGGUCAAAUUAAUACCAAGAUAAACUGUAACAAUCCUUAAAUGAGAAUAUUUCACAUGUUUUAGCAUAAAUUAUUGAUGUCUAUUCAGGACUUCAUGUAAAACUAUGUUGUAUGUAUCUUUUACAUGCACAAUUUAUACAAUCAAACAUAUAUAUAGUGUGUUUUAUGUAAUGUAGAUAAUGUAUUUAUACUUGUAAAAAGAACAUUUCAAAUGUAUUUUUGUCCUUAGAUAUGCAAAUUUAUACAACAGUACAUUAACUAGAUCAAAGACAUGCUUAAAGCAUAUAAAAAUCUUUUGUGUCAUGAUAAUUUGAUGUUACGCUUUUAAUGUGUGAUUUUGAUGUUUCUGUAAAACAGGAAACCAAUGAGAUUAUUGGUCACAUUAUUGAUCACUAGUAAUUGGUUUUAGUCUUAGUUACAUUAUACUCACCCAAUUUGGAUUAUGUUGUCAUUAUACUUAGAUCAUUGAUGUUUGAAACUUUGUUCAGACUCCAUAGAAGUCUAUGCUUAUUUAAUUGUAGUAUUUAUACACAACAUAAGAAACGCCAUAGUUAGGGUUUACAUACUAUUUAUUAUUUAAAACACUACAUAACAAGAUUGUCAUAAUAAAUACAUUUGGCUCUUCUUUGGGGCUACUCACCAUGUGUAUACCUUAUAAAAACAUUCACAUAACACAUUAACUUCCUAAUAAUUUAACCUGAUCCGAAACUUAAAUGAUAACAUGUUAUUAUCUGAUUGAACAUGUAAAAUUUAGUUAUUAUCUAAAUGGGGAAAAGAAUUUCCUGAAAUUCUAUUGGCCAAACGAAUGAAUUUUUGCUAUGUGUACAGCAACAAUGAGUGAGAGCCCCAAGAAAUACUUAGAUCAUUGAUGUUUGAAACUUUGUUCAGACUCCAUAGAAGUCUAUGCUUAUUUAAUUGUAGUAUUCAUCUAUUUUACAACAUUUGCAAAGAAGCUUAAAUAAAAGUGCACAAGGGAGUAAUGUGGACUACCUGGGGAAACCCAUAGCUACAUGGUCAACCAGGUCACCCCAAACCUUUCUUUGUCAGACCAGGCAACCAAACCCUGGUUGUCUAGGUGAAAGAACUGUUAUUGUUAAGUUGUUGACUAUAAUACUGUAUCACUGCUAAC